AUGCCUGAGGUGUGGUCACAGAGCCUGGAAGAUGCCUGUGCCUAUGGGACCCACUCACCCCCACAGGCGCCCCCUUACCAACCUGUGUCUGCCCCUCUGGUGGAGGCCAGACUCCUGAAUGCCCCGCCCACUGCCAGAGUACAGCGCUGCCAGCUUCCAGAAGGAAGCCCAUCCCCACCCCGCCAGCCAGCCCAGGCCGCAGGCCAGGAUGGCAAUGUGCUGCUCACAGGACCCCUGGGCGAGGGGCAGGCCUCGUGGAGCGAUGUCCCCAGUGGAUCAAGCCGGCCUGGGCAGGGUGGGACUCCUGGCCAGGAAGAUGAGGCCGAGACAGAUGGCGGCCAAGGCGCUGCCUGCAAGGGGACCUGGCUACAGAGGGCAGAUGGGCUGCAUCUACCUGCAGCUGAGGACGACCUCACGGCUGCCCUGAGGUGGCACAGGCCCUCUGUGCAGCCAGGCACCCUGUGGAGAGCUCCCUACACAGCCUGGUCUGACCGCAUCAAGAAGCCAGGCUCCCCGGGGAAGGCCUGCGGCUACCCAGUGUGGACAGCAGGCGAGGAGGCCAAGGAUGGGGACAGCUCGGUGUCAUCGGGCCGUCUCUCUGGCUCUUCGGGGGGCCAUGAGUCGUGCACACCUCCCCACGGGCCCUGGAGGGAGAGGCCCCCCCAGGUGCUGGGGUCCCCACGGCGGCCCAGGGAGAGCAACCCACGGCUGGAGCAGCUGAGGGACAAGAUCCGGGCCCAGGUGCGGUGGCAGGCCAGCUGUGCCUCCCUGGGCACCUCGAUACCCUCCAGCGCCUCGCACCUCUGCCAAGCCUCCACACCAACCCCCCGGAGGAAGGCCCAAAAGUUGAAGCGCCCCGCUCCGGCCCUGGCCUGCCCAGGCUUAGGCAUCCUGAGUGCGGCUGAGCAUGGAGUUGAAGACAAGGCCGUCCUUGGCCAGCGGUGGCGUGAGCCCUCCAGGGUCUCCCAGCAACAGGCAUCAACUCCACGGGAGAAAACCAAAAGGCCGAAAAGUAGUUCUUACAAAAGAGAGAAGGCCCCCAGGUCGCCCACCCCCAAAAGAACUACCAGAGACAAGGGAGACAGCAAGAAAGUUGGAGCUGCUGAGAGCUCCCCAGUGCGUCUCCGGAUGCCCAGUCCAGCCUCUGUCUGCAGUGACUCGCAGGUGCCUGCCAGCACACCCAGCCUGGCUUCCUGCAACCAGCCCGCGACCAUCCAGUCUGCCAUGGCCAUCCUUAGAGAACUCCGCCAGCAAAUCCAGGCAGGGCUGGAGUUGGCCCAAGACCGGCAGCUCAGGGGAGGGCAGGAGCGCCGGCCAUCGAAUCCGUGGCCACGGGAUCUGACAGGGAGGAGGCACCAGGGCCCCCGGAGUGCCCCCAAUGUGCGGGGAUCCUUCUCAAAGAGUUCUCCGGCCACAAUGGAGGGGACGCACCCCUCCUUAGAGAGGGAUGGGAGCACCUUGGCCAGGUGGGGGUCCUAUCCGCAGAUGGCAAGGUCAGCCCAAGGAUGGGAAUCCUCCUUCCAGAGACCCAGGAGCCCCCCUGAAAGGCUGACCUACUUCCCUUCGCGGCCCUGGAGCGCCUCAGCUGGGCAGAGGACCCGGGUUGCUUGUGAAGACUGGGAGGCCCCUGCCCGAGGACCAUGGAACCCUCUGGAAAGGCCAAGCCCUCCCGCCCAGUGGCCCCGGAGCGCCUCCUUCACACAGAGGGCUGGCACCCCGUCCAAGGACAGAGGCUCCCUCCUGACGCCCUCGGGAGCGAAGCACACCUCGCCGAGGCCCACCCGGAGCGCCCCUCAGAACGCACCUGGGGAGGAGAAGGAGGCCCGGCCACCGGCCCCCUGCCCGAAGCUCCGGGGGUUCCUGGGCCACCCCUACAGCUUCGAGUGCCUGCGGGAGUUCAUGCGCCAGAAGACGCUGGCACGGAGGCAGCAGGCCCUGGAGGAGAAGGCCAAGGCCAUGCGGGCACUGGAGCUGAGAAACCAGCGGCUGCAGGACGUCUACAGGAAGCAGAGGGAGGCCGUCCUGGGCAGAGCUGACCCUGGCAGAGUGAUCCCCAGCAAAGCCUUCCCCGUGGUCUCCCAGACAACCCCCGGCAUCGUGACUUUUGUCCCACAUUCUGCACAGUCCCGGGACCUGGAGGCCCCUGGGAACCUGGGUUCGCCCAUGCUGCAGUGGAGCAAGGUGACUUCCGGCAUGGUGCUGGGGGACCAGGAGGCCCCGGGCAGCUUCUGCCUGUGUUUGAAUAGAGCCUUGAGUUGUGCCAAGACCCUGGAGACGGGGGGCCCCCAGGAAGGCUGGGAUGGCACUCGCCUGCUGACAUCUUCCAGGGGCUCUCUGGGACCCCCGAAGCUCCAGGGCCUGACCACCCAUGCCCCAUGCCCGGGUCUGUGCAUCUACCUGGACCCCAAGGAGGCCGAGCGCCUCGGCACGCCAGGCCCCCUGCACUUCCGGUACAAGCAGGCCCGGCUGCAGGCGCUGGAGACCAUGGCCAACAUCCUGAAGCAGCGGAUUGACAUCCUGACCGCCAAGCUGCUCAGGUCUGAGGCAGCGGACACUCUCGGGGACCUGGUCUUGGACACUCUGCCCUCGCGCCCCAGCUCCGUGCCUGUGGCCACCACAUCUGGAGCCCUAGCCUGCCCUGGAGGUUUGGUGCCCAGUGGGGACAGAGGGGCUCCCUGGGACUGGGCAGACAUGCAGGCCCAGGAGCCUCUCUCUCCCACCUGCUUACUGGACAAAGAGACGCCACGGUGGAGCCCCAGCUGGGAGGCACGGCGGAGCGUGAGCUCGAGGGACCAUCUCGCCAGCAAGCCCCGAGGUUUCAUGGAUGCUGGACGUUUGGAGCUGGAUGAGUGGCUGGCGAGAAACACAGCUUCAUUCCAGGCCCUUCGCCCCUUCGCAGGGAGCUCACACAGGGUGCCAGCCCCACCGGACCCCACCUGCGGCUCCCUGUGGCUGGAGGAGACACCGCCGGCCAGAGGGGCAGACUUGGUCGCGCCCUGGACCGUGCAGAGCUGCGGUCAGCAGGAGCCUGGAGGGCUACGUCCCGGGUACCUCACUGACAUCCAGCGGAAGUCCUUCAGAUUUCUCCAGUCGCUGAAGCUGGACCGGCGGAAGCAGGGACAGGCUCUGGCCCGUCUGCGGCAGCGGAUGAAGACGGAGGUCUGGGAGACGCAGAAGGCCCUGGACGAGCUGCUCUUCAAAUGCCAGCUGCAGAGGCUGACGGAGAAACACGCAGCCCAGGCCAGGCCAGGAACGGCUUCGGAGCUGGAGCGGCUGCCGCUGUGUGGGGACCUGGCUCCAAAGGCCUCCUGGAGCACCAUGACAGCCAGACCAAGAUCACACCCACCCCUGGGCACAGACACUACUGUGCCCUCCCGGGAUCCUGAGGAAAGACAGCUGAGUUCGGUGGGCAAGUCAUCUUCUGCAGAGCCCAAGCAGGAAGGGAGGCCAGACCAAGGCCCGUCCCAGCUGCCCCAGGCCAGGCUCUACCCUUGGGACCGCCCCACCCACCAGGUACAGGGAGAUGUCCCUUGGGGGCAGGGGCAUAGGAGUGGAGUCCAGGGGAGGCACUGGCAGCCUGUAAGGGAAAUCCAACACCUGCGGAAAAGCCACCUGUUGUUGCACCGAGAGAGGACACUGCUCCUGCAGCAUGCCCAGGACACCGUCUCCGUGCAGAGGUCCCUGGCCCGCCUGCAGCAGGAGCUUCAGGUCCCGACCCAGCUGCCUCAGCCUGAGCGUCUCCUCUGCAAGCCGGGGAUGCUGAUAUUCUCACCUGGUGGGUGA